GAAUCCAGGCAAGCGGAUCAAGAAAAACCCAAUUCCCCCAGGCGACUCCAGUGUGCGGCCAGAUUUAAGAACCGGUGCUGUCUGUAAUCCAGUGUUCACCAAAAUCACCGGUGCAGCUCGUGAAACGCGGCUCCCCGAGCGGCACCCGACUUGCAUUAGGCCGGGGUAGGGGAACCGGGACAGGUGGUCCGGGCCCCAGGCCCCGCCCCUGUGCUCCGCAGCUCGUGCAGCCGCAGGUGCGGGAGAUGAAAGGCCGCACCGCCCCCAGCCCGCCGCCCGCCGCCAUGGAAGCAGCGCCCGCCCCGGCUCUCCUGAGCGUCCCGCAGGCCGAGGUGCUGGAGGACGUGCUGCGGGAGCAGUUCGGGCCGCUGCCCCAGCUGGCCGCCAUCUGCCGGCUCAAGCGGCUGCCCUCGGGCGGCUACUCCUCGACCGAGGACCUCCAGUUGGUGCUGGAGCGGCGGCGCGUGGCCAACGCCAAGGAGCGCGAACGGAUAAAAAAUCUCAACCGUGGUUUUGCCAAACUGAAGGCGCUUGUGCCAUUUCUUCCCCAAAGCAGGAAGCCUAGCAAGGUUGAUAUCCUUAAAGGUGCAACUGAAUACAUACAAGUUCUCAGUGAUGUUUUGGAAGGAGCCAAAGACUUGGAGAGACAAAAUCUGGAUCACCAGAGCUAUAGCAACAAUGUUUCUGAACCACCUAUAUCAUUGGCUAGAGAUCUAUCGAGAAACAUCACCCAACAUGCCAGCUGUACUGUGGGCUUCAAGAACGAGGAGGAGAGGCCCUGGGCAGAUGGUGGCAGUGGUGAGUCAGCACACACUUGUCGCCAGAGCAUGAUGUCCACGACCGGAGUUAUCUCCCCAACCAGGAGUCUGAUUCAGAUCUACAUCUUUGGCGGGAACGGCAUGGAAGUGAUGCUGUUGUCUACCCAUUGCAUCUUAUUAAAUGGGCCCUGGACCAAGAGUGCUGGGACUCCGAGUGUGGAGGCUGCUCUAGUGGUUGUGUUGACUCAGGAUGUGACUGUGUCUUCUAAAUUCUGGGGACUGAGGGAUUGUUGCUGUGAUGAUAUGGAUGUUGGUUUUUUUCCCUGGAGCUUUGGAAAGGUCCGCUGUGGUGGAAGCCUCACCCCACACAGCUCUGCAGUGGCCCUGCCCCCUGAAGCCAGGAGGAAACAAACUUGGCCCCUGGGCCUGUGGGAGGAUACAUCCUUUAAGGGAGUUCACAUUUCAGAUUUUCUUCCUAGCUCUUGGCUCUUGCGGGCAGUUGGUGGUGCCGGAGUGGACGUGAGCAGAGGCCGGGCGGCGGGACUGCGGCAGCGCGGGCGGCGCGCGCUGCGGGUGGGGGCACUGCAGCACCGCGGCCCUGGGGCAGCCGGGCAGUGGCCCGCUAGAGGGGGCGCUGUGGGCGCCGCCAAGCGUCCUUUUGUCAGCUCACUCGGCCAGGAGAGCUCUCAUUUCCUCCCAGCCUCGUGCGGGAAAUGGAUUUAA